AUGGCGUGGUGCUCCGGUCCGCGGCUAGAGUCGACGCGAUACCGACUGAGCCAACAUGCGCCGGCCCUCGGCCCUCCUCGUGGCCUUCCUGCUGCGGGAGCGCUCGCAGUGCCAACGGGGCAACGAUGGGAGAACAAGUGCGCCGCCUUCUGCGUCAGUCCCGAGCAGACCAAGCUGGCCUACCAGCCGGGCAAGACGUACGUGUAUGAGUACAGUUCGGACACGGAGACGACGCUAGCCGGCGCCACCGACGAGGCGUCGAGGCUGCACGUGACGGCUACGGCCGAGAUCACGGCCAACUCCGGCUGCGACUUCACCCUGCAGCUGAGAGAGGUCACGCUUAAGGACUCGGACCCGAAGAACGCCAACAGCAAGCAGGAGGUGGACAACAUGGCCACUUUCAAGCGGGAGCUGGAGCGGCGGCCGCUGUCCUUCAGCUACCAGCAUGGACGCAUCGAGGACGUGUGCUCCGACCCCAAUGAGCCCGUCUGGGUGCUCAACUUCAAGCGGGGUCUCAUGUCCACCAUGGUCAACAGUCUGAGGUCGAUGGAGGCUGGUGAAACUCGCAGUCAGGAGACGGACGUGACGGGCGUUUGCACCACCGAUUACCUGGUGGAGGAGCACGGCUCCGGCUACCUGGUCACCAAGACUAAGGACCUGCUGAGCUGCACGGGCCGCGGCCACCUCAUCUCGUCGCUGCAGACCACGCCGUACACCACCUACUCCAAGGUCCAGUCGCUGCCGCUUGUCAAGAGCUCGCUCCGGUGCCAGCAGAGGGUGUCGACGGAGCGGCUGCAGUCGGCGGAGUGCGAGGAGAGCCAUUUGUUCCGGCCGUUCUCCCAGGGCGAGAACGGCGCCGUCACUCGCACCACGGUCCGGCUGACGGAGGUCACCGUCAGAGACGCCGUUCCCAGCUACGACAGCGAUGAGCCGACCGUGCGCGGCUCGCUGCUGUUCGACCACGCAGACGCCCAGCUGACGCAGCGGAACCGGGUGCAGGCGGCCGCUGAGCUGCUGGCACAGCUUGAGCUGAAGACGGCCGACGGUGUACGACCUGAGGAGCAGGCUGCCGUUCAGCAGGCGAUCCGCCAGCUGGAGGCCAUGCUGGGCUCCGGAUGCCGCAGCAACUCCGAGGAGGAGGAGCCUGAAGAUGCUGACCGCGCGCUGAAGGCGCUCGGCAACGCCGGCCGCCUGGUGGCCGGCGGCGACACGCUGCGCAGCUGCUUCGAGGGUGAGAACACGAUGGAGGUGCGGCUGGCGGCGAUCCGGGCGUUCCGUCGCAUGCCGUGCAGUGCCGUGACCGACAGUAACCUGAUGGGCAUCUUCAGUAGCGAGCAGGAAGACACUGAGGUGCGUAUUGCCUCUUAUCUGGCCAUCAUGCAGUGCCCAACGCACGGCGUCGUUGACAAGGUACAGGAGAUCCUCUCCCGCGAGUCAGUCAACCAGGUCAGCAGCUUUGUGUGGAGCCACCUGACCAACAUGCAGGAGACCAACGACCCCGCCAAGCAGUACAUGAAGCUGCUCCUCUACAACGUGGACCUGGAGAAAAAGUUUAAAACUGACGUACGGAAGUUCUCCAGGUACUUCGAGAAGACGAUGUUUUCUACGUCGAUGAACGCCGGUGCGACUGUCGACGGAAAUGUCAUUUUCACGCCUGAGUCAUACAUGCCCAAGUCAGGAAUGUUCAACUUCACCGUGGACUUGUUCGGGCAGGCCAUUAAUCUUUUGGAGGUUGGUGGGCGCGUGGAAGGCCUGGAGGACUUUUCCGAAAGCAUGUUCGGCAACAAUGGCGUCUACCCGCAGCAGGCUAUCAGCCAUAUCCUGAAGACGAUGCGUGGCCGCGAUUCUAACGAC